GUUUACCGAUGGUACUAAAUUAACGUCUUGGCGAAGGCGAAGUUUGUCAACGACCAUGGAGGGACGCGUGAAAACUGCUCCGGGCGGACGACGAAGGAAUGCCGAUGAAGAUCGAGUGAACGCGAGGAAACCAUUCGACAAAAAGAAGUACAGAGCGCAAAAGUACAGUAACAAAUACAAAAUUAAUCAAUGGGAAGAGCGCAGAAAGAAGGCGAUUUUACGAAAUUAUUACAAAGACCUCGACAAAAGCCAACGUCAGGAUCCAAAAUUUUCAUUGAAAACCGCUAAUCAGAAUGAAGACAAUCAACCAACGAAGAAAGUAAGUGCAUUUUAUAAAGCUAAACAAGAAUAUCUGCGUAAGAAGGAUGAGAAGAGGAAAAGGAUAGAGGAGAUUGUACGAACGAAGGCAGAAAGACAAGAAGCGCUCAACAAGUACAAGCAAAAGCGAACGCAAACCUAUAAGAAACUUUCGAAAAAGACCAAAAAAGGGCAACCUGUAAUGAAAGACAGGUUGGAAAUGUUGUUGGAAAAAAUACAGAAUCAGGUAUCGAACUAACGCUUUCUGAAGCCUUGAUGCAGAUGUAUUCGUUAUGAAGACUCAACCAUCUUCUUUCUUAUGUAAAUAUACAUCGACAUGAAUAUUCAAUAAAAGAGUAUUGUUUUGUAAAAAUAAA